ACCGUGCGCCGUGGAAGGACGUCACAUCAUCAUCAGCAGUCGUUCUGGUGGGACUGCCGCUCUGCUUGGCUUGCAGUCUCCACAGCACCUCUUGUUUUUGUGUGUGUGAGCCACCACUUGAACACUUUACACGACUGGAGAAAUUUACGGAGAAAUUAGCCUGUCGGUUUUGUAGAAAGAGCGAAGAAUAAGUUGUGGGCGAAUUAAGAGACAUGUUUUUUAGAGGGAGAAGAGAGACUGCCUGGCUGUGUUUACUCCCAACCAGCGUUAAAGCUACUUUGAUGCAACCGCUUAGCUAACAAGCUAACUGGGAAUGUUUUCAGAAACUAGCCAGUUUGUUAGCUUGCUAGCUAGCUAAAUCGGAUGGAGAGAUUCGCUGUAUAGAUUUAGUAAGCAGUUAAAAUGAUACUAUCUUUCGAUACAUUUACUGAAAGAAUUGUGGCAACGUCUCAAACUGGGUAUGUUGAAUGUUUAGGGCUCCAGUGCCCCCUUAGUUGCUAAUUUCCAAUAGGGACAAUAGUUAACUGCCCAGGCAACAAGUCUGGCACACACUGCUGCUUUAACGUUACUCAAGUUUGUACUAAUUUUGUGCAAUGUUGUUAUUAGUUACCGUUUGGUUGUAGUUAGCUAAAGAUGAACACUCUGUAGUUAAAAUGAACGUUUUGGGCAAAGUAAAGGUAAUGUUAUACAAAGGAAAGUGGGGUGCCACUAACCGUUAGAUCCCCAUAUUUAAGUGGAUCGGGUCACUUUGUUGUAUAGAAUACACCGAUGUCAGUUAGUCGAUACAACUAUUGACGAGGAGACGAGGUGGAUGAACAUUAUAAAUCGCCCACAUGCUUUGGAUCAGUUCCCGGACUUGUGAAAGGCAUUUGAAGCAGAAGGUGGGAGACGUGAGCGCACAGCCCUUGCAGCCUGGGGGAAGAUGGCGGAGCGUUCCUGCAGGAGGUGGUGAAACCAAAACUUGUGAACUUCUUGGAUUUAUCGCCAGACAUCUUAUCCCAGAUCGUAGGACACAUGCAGGCCAAAAAACGGUACUUAACCUUGUUCUCCGCCGGUGCGUGUCUCAUCCUGUUAUUUUGUUUUGGGGGGAUACAAGUCCCGUUAUCCAGACGGGGUCCCAGCCGGCGUGAUGACCGCAGCCUCACCGGUUUUCAUCCCGGGGCGCGGUGGCAUCGCUUCCCGGGGUCCCUGCAGCCUUUCAGAUCCUGGGAGCAAGACAGGAGUGAUGAUCACAAUGAACACAUAUCUCCUAGGCAGAAGAGGGACGCCAACUCAGGCGUUUACACUGGAAAACGCUGCAGAAUGGAAUCCUGCUUUGAUUUCUCCCUGUGUGAGAGGAAUGGAUUCAAAGUUUACAUCUACCCCCAGCAGAAAGGGGAGAAGAUGUCAGAGAGUUAUCAGAACAUCUUGUCCUCUAUUGAAGGAUCCAGGUUCUAUACAUCUGACCCAGGACAGGCAUGCCUGUUUGUCCUGAGUUUGGACACUCUGGACCGGGACCAGCUUUCACCCCAGUAUGUGCACAACUUGAAAGCAAAAAUCCAGAACCUUCCUCUGUGGAAUGGGGGCAAAAACCACAUCAUCUUCAACUUAUACUCUGGCACCUGGCCAGACUACACAGAAGACCUUGGCUUCGACAUCGGCCUCGCCAUGUUGGCCAAGGCCAGCAUCAGCACAGAGAACUUUAGGCCCAACUUUGACGUUUCUAUCCCUCUUUUCUCUAAAGAUCACCCUAGGACAGGAGGGGAAAGGGGCUACCUGAAACAUAACACCAUCCCCCCUUAUAGGAAGUACAUGCUUGUUUUUAAGGGUAAGAGAUACCUAACCGGAAUAGGUUCAGACACUAGGAACGCUUUAUAUCAUGUUCAUAACUCAGAGGAUGUGGUCCUCCUCACCACCUGUAAGCAUGGGAAGGACUGGCAGAAGCACAAGGAUGCACGCUGUGAUAAAGACAAUGCUGAGUAUGACAAGUAUGACUACAGAGAGAUGCUGUACAACUCCACAUUCUGUCUGGUACCUCGAGGACGACGGCUGGGUUCCUUUCGCUUUUUAGAGGCUUUGCAGGCAGCUUGUGUGCCAGUGAUGCUGAGUAAUGGCUGGGAGCUUCCCUUCUCAGAGAUCAUCGACUGGAAUACAGCAGCUGUGAUUGGGGAUGAAAGGCUGCUAUUACAGAUCCCCUCAACAGUGCGCUCCAUCCACCAGGAUAAGAUCCUGUCCCUGAGACAGCAGACCCAGUUCCUAUGGGAGGCUUACUUCAACUCUGUAGAGAAGAUAGUACUGACCACACUGGAGAUCAUCCAGGACCGGGUACUGCAGCACACCUCAAGGAGUAACCUCAUGUGGAACAAUCUGCCUGGAGGCCUUUUCACCCUGCCUCAGUACUCUACAUACCUGGGAGACUUCCCCUUCUACUACGCUAAGCUGGGUGUUAAGCCAUACUCCAAGUUUACAGCGAUCAUUCAUGUGGUGACCCCACUGGUGUCCCAGUCCCAGCCAGUCAUGAAGCUCCUUGUGGCUGUGGCCAAAUCCCAGUACUGUGCUCAGGUGAUAGUUCUGUGGAACUGUGACAAGCCUCUUCCUGCCAAGCACCGCUGGCCUGCCACCUCAGUCCCUGUCAUUGUUAUAGAAGGCGAAAGCAAGGUGAUAAGCAGUCGUUUUCUGCCCUACGACACCAUCCCCACCGAUGCUGUACUCAGUCUGGAUGAGGACACCGUGCUCUCCACCACAGAGGUGGACUUUGCCUUCACAGUGUGGCAGAGUUUCCCAGACCGCAUUGUUGGUUACCCAGCCCGCAGCCACUUCUGGGACAUCAACAAGGAGCGGUGGGGUUACACUUCCAAGUGGACCAACGACUACUCCAUGGUGCUGACUGGGGCUGCCAUCUAUCACAAAUACUACCACUACUUGUACACCACCUACCUUCCAGCCAGUCUGAAGACCAUGGUUGACCAGAUGUCAAACUGCGAGGACAUUCUGAUGAAUUUUCUGGUGUCCUCGGUCUCUAAACUACCACCCAUCAAGGUCACCCAGAAGAAACAAUACAAGGAGACCAUGAUGGGACAGAGCUCCCGGGCGUCUCGCUGGGCUGACCCGGACCAUUUUGCCCAGCGUCAGACCUGCAUGAACAAGUUUGCCAGCUGGUUUGGCACCAUGCCCCUGGUCCAUUCUCAGAUGAGGCUGGACCCAGUCCUGUUCAAAGACCAGGUGUCCAUACUGCGGAAGAAGUACAGGGACAUCGAGAGGCUAUAACCCUCCAGAGCCCCCCGCUCUCUGGACACAACAAAGACAGAGCGAGGGGGCGGACACGUAGAGAAACGCAUGGAUGGAUCAGUGGAGAAGCAAAUGGGAUUGGGUACGGGGGAGAGGAGGAAAAGAAACUAGAACAGAUGUGGAGGACGCCACAUUCAUUGGUCUCCUCCAUUUCUCCUUUCUACCCUUUCUCUACCCUAUGUGCAUUGAGGGAUGGCUGAGCGCAUUGGUCCCACUAUAUAAACUAUGACUACCACCAACUGAAGGACACCUGAGGACUUUAAAACUGCUCGACUUUGAACUGAAGUGGUCAAAGUCAUGGAGUUGGAAAUCAUAGCUUGCUGCUUCAGUGUCCCAACAGCGGCAAACCACUCCCAACUACAACCCGCUCUAAAAGACUGUUCUGCUCUGUACACUCUGCACAGGUUACUGAAAGUUUUUGCUGACAGAAUAUUAUUGAUAAUUAUGACUAUGAAGAGGAUAACACUAUUUUGGAUUGUUUAGCUAUUUUUUUUAUACAGUGAACGAAUGGCCAGCUCUACUCUCUCUGUAUUGUCUUAAUUAAAACCAAUAGCAGGAUGGUUGAAGAGAGGAAUGGCAACCCUUUGGCCACAUAACGGAGUUAAGAUCGUUAAUCUGAUAUUCACAGUGCCUCAAGUUUAUCUAAUGGCGUUGGGAUCUGGGAGUCUGAAAAACGACGUGGUGCAGUGAGCACCUUGAUCUUGCUGCUUUCUGGUUGUUGUUUUUUUUUCUUCCAUGAUUUGUGAUUUUCUUUAUAAUUGAUGGAAUAAUGGAUCUUGUAGUAAAUUCUUCAGGUCAGCAUUCACAUUUUUUCCUCAUUGAAGUAUAAUGAAAAUUUAUUAAUAUUCAAUUAACAAACUACAGUAAAUUGUCAUUGUGUGCCAUACUGAACAUUUCUUCCUGGUAAAGCUACAACAGUCUUAACACAACCAGCUAGAUUUCACUAAAUGUGGGAAUAGAUAUCCACAGGAACUGAAUAGAAAUGCUGGCAAAAUUCAAUGGAAUUCUCUGUUUUCACUUAAGCAGUCUUAGAAGUCUUCUUCAUGUCUCGUUUUUCAUUCGUAAAGACUUAUAUAAUGAGCUAGAAUUGGUACUUGAAUAUGUGCUGGCCUGAAGAACAAUAGAGGAUCGUAAUAGUUGCCUUGGCAGAGCUUGCCAAUUGAGCUAACCAACGGUCUGUUUGAAACACAAACCACUGUGAAAACUAGGGAAUGGAUCUUUUUGGACUCAGUUAGCAAGGGAUAUUAAAAAAAUGUUAUUGUCUCUAUGCCAUAGACCCAAUUUCAUUUUGUUCAGUGACAAGUUUGGCAGUAGCCCAGGCUAGGCUAACACUGCUUUCAUCUAGGAGCAUCAACCAGUACUUGGUGCUAUCAGAGCCAGAGUUGGCAUCAUACUAAAUAAACUACUGUAUUUUCCCCACUGUUAUGAACAAAUGUGACUGGAUUGAUAAGAAUUCUCACCAAGAAUCUGUGUUACUGUUAAAAUGCAUAGGGAAGAAAUUAGCACCUUUGGGGAGAUAUGCUCUAUUAAGUAAUUAUUCUCAUUUGUUGUAUUUCUUCAACAUAAAUACAUGCAAUUAGAAACCAGUAUAUUUGCAAAAUGCCAAUUUGUAUCUCUGAUUAUCACAGAUUUAAACAUUCAUCUCUGAGUGAUCCAGAUUGGCAAAGUGAUAUUGUGCUUGGGCCACAUUCAAGAGGCUAAAUGUAAAACCAGGAUGUUGAAGUAUGUUUCAUAAUUUAUAAUGUCUCAUAAAUGACAUCUUGAUCAGUUUCUAUAUGUUGGUCUUCUCGAUCUGAGACACAAAUCUCAUUUACUGCAAAUCUACAUUGAAUGCCAAGUGUCAGUGGAAGAUGAAAUUGGGCUUUCUGCAGAUGGAUCAAUAGGCUAAUUGACUUAAAUCAUUUCUAAUUGUUUGGUUCCAUUGACAGUCUCGUUUAAUUUUAUUUCUGUCUUGAUAUGUCAUAUCAGGUUAUCUGAAAAUGUUAACAUAAUUUGAUGAAUCUGGAAUAUGCACCUGUGUUUGUAAAUCACUGUGCAUCAUCAACUUCAAGUUUAUCUGUCCAUGAAGUAUCCCUGCAAAGGCAGCAACAUUUCUAUAGAAAUCUAACCACACCUGCCCUGACAAUGAUAAAUUAUCAUUUUUGUAAGCUUCACCGUUCUGUACCCUUCACCCCAAUAUGUGCCAAUAGAUCAUAUAUGAUUUUGUUUUUAUAUUUUUUCAUCUGAUAUGAGGAAUGCCAUGCAUUCCCAUGUUCUAUCUCUAUAAGAGAGGUAAGAGUUUGGGGGGGGGUGUGUGAGAGCAGAAAAGGGUACUGCAUGGUAUUUUUCACUUCUGAGAAUGUGCUAUCAGCUUGACAGCAAAUAAACAAUCCUAGUAUUAAAAACAGUGCUAUCGAGACAACUGAAUAUGGUCGUAAACAGAAUCACAUUUCAGAAAUGAACUUGGUGCAAUAUUUAAGAUGACAUUUUUUUUAUCUUUUGUUUUCUUUAUUCUUCUUUCCUUAUGUUGUUUCAGAGGGCAGGGGGUUAUAUAUUGAUGUGCCUUCAGAAGAAAUACACUUAUUAGUCGUCGUCCCCCCAUCUGCCUUGUGCAAGAAACAGGUCCUUGUUUUCAUUUCAUAGUAGGUUAUUUUUUGUUUACUUUAUCAAUAUCCUGUAACACAUAAUGGCUCCCUAAAUGAUAUUGUUUAACACUGGAAUGCUACUAAGACUUAUCACCACACAUCCAAUACUGACAUUCCUGCCAUUUCUAUUGUAGGAACUAUUUUUUUUUUUUACACGUACUGCCUUGUAUUAUUAUACAUGUGAGGGCCCAAUAGAGGGCCCCUCUUCCUGGUUGUCACAAGUAUAGUAAUACAUGUAACAAACACAUAAUUCUCACAUACAUAGUAUUUAUCAGACAAGAUUGUGUCUCGACUGAAUCUCUGCCUGCUUCCUUCACUCUCUUCCGUAACUGCAGACCUAAUUUUAUAGAGAUUAAAAUGGAAAGAUAGAAGAAAAAUCACAAUUUUGUAAAAUAAUUUUAUAAAAACAAAACAAAAAAAUCAAUAAAUGAAAUGUUUGAUAUAAA